AUGAAAUGGUUUCGCAGGGCUUGGGAGUUCUUCAAAACGACUCGCCUAGUUAUGCUGUUUCUGAGCAUAUUUGAAUAUAUUUACAUUCGUUGGCGUGUCAGUAGAUCAGUCUCGAUCGAUAUCGAUCAAGAUGACGAUUCAUUGGCUUCAUCGUCUGACGAGUCUAUCAAAAAGAAAAUCAUACGCACCAGUUCAUUAUACAACGUGAACUGUCCAAGCUCAUUGAGAAAUCAAAGCGCAUGCCAACGACCCGGUUGUAUAGAUUUAUAUCGUCAGUUCAUGAGCUACGGUAGCACGGAUCACACUACUUCAGGGCAUAUACUUCUAGCAAACAGUGCUUCAUAUUUUGCCAUUGAACCUACAUAUUUCUGUAAACUUUCCCUAUCAGAGAACGCAAACAGCAAGGAACCGUCGUUACACUGGAGUGAAGAAGUUUCAGAUGUGUCUUCGGAAAUCGAUUCUGGAGAAGAUGAAGAAGCUGUAGUUAACACCUGUAACUUGUACCAGAGGUGGAUUUUAUGUGGUAGUGGUGAUCAGAGAAGACCUCGGCGUGUCCUACCAGCAACACCCGAACCAUCGACGCCAGAAAGUGUAGAAACAUCAGAAAAGUCACACCUAUUGUCGUUUGAGAGUUACUUCCAAUUGGCAUCUAUGGGAUCUGAAUUGAUGACGUAUUCAGAGGAACAACGCCAAGUACGGAAUUAUUUUUUCACAAGCCCAACUUAUUUUGAAAAUGAUGAGAAUAGACAAAAAGAAGAAAGGAGAUUGGCCGUUGAAAGAAGAGAAGUUAGAAUUGUAAUUGAGGAGGACGAGUAUGAUGAUGAUGAAGAGGUUGAAUAUGAAGAUUCAAACAACGUAAAUCCACCAAUUAUUGCUGUGCAGUUGCAUGCUGAUAGUUAUGAAAAUGUUUACCUCCGACAACAAGACGAAGAUUACGAAAGGGAUCGAUGUUUUGUCGUAUCCGACUCCUACUCCUCUGAUUUUGCUUCAACCGCCAUACCAGAAGCAUCAGAAUCGGAAAAUUCCGAUUAUCUUACAGCAUCUGUCAGUAGCCCUGCUGCUAAGGAGAUCUCCACAAGAUUUUCAAAUGUUUAUUGGAGAGUUGACAAUCAGAAUGGUGACGGUGCAAAUGGAGCCAGAGAUAAUUACCAUAAUCGAUAUUUUGGAAAAGCUGGGUAUCAUCUAACUAGAAAUGCUAUUGUUAAUCAGGCAGAUGGCAGGGACACUAUGCCAUCUGUCGAAAAAAGAGCAUUGCAAAACGAACGAAGACGUUGGACGGAAAUCAACCAAAGAGGGGGAAGAGAUGACAAUGCCAUUUUAGAAGUUCCUGAUACAAAUGGUAUUUACACAAACUGUUGGGAAACGGAAUACGAACAACCCUUACCCCCACAUACAUGUGUGUCAUGGAAAACUGCAAAGAGAUAUUCCCCAAGAUAUACCAGUUUAUUCUAA